CCAGACAACUGUGAGGUCAUGGCGAGUCACUGGAGGGUCACCUGUUUUGCAGCGCUGGCUUUGCUAUGCUGCUUAGCCAGGAGAGAAGCAGAGGCUCAGAAGGGUGGGAAUCAGCAACCGUAUAUGCCAAACCCUAUGAAUCCCAACCCUGGAUUUCAAAAGCCUUCAGACCCUCAGAAGCCUAGCCGCCCAGAAAUUCCCCCGUUUCAAUGGCCUGGAAUCCCUAAAAAUCCUGUUGUUUCACCCCAAGGAAAUACCUUCCCUGGAUCUCAAAAUCCUUCAGACCCUCAGAAGCCUAGCCCCCCAGGAAAUCCCCCGUUUCAAUGGCCUGGAAUCCCUAAAAAUCCUGUUGUUUCACCCCAAGGAAAUACCUUCCCUGGAUCUCAAAAUCCUUCAGACCCUCAGAAGCCUAGCCCCCCAGGAAAUCCCCCGUUUCAAUGGCCUGGAUUCCCUCAAAAUCCCGUUGUUUCGCCCCCAGGAAAUACCUUCCCUGGAUCUCAAAUUCCUUCAGACCCUCAGAAGCCUAGCCCCCCAGGAAAUCCCCAGUUUCAAUGGCCUGGAUUCCCUCAAAAUCCCGUUGUUUCGCCCCCAGGAAAUACCUUCCCUGGAUCUCAAAAGCCUUCAGACCCUCAGAAUGCAAAAAAGCAAUUUCCUUAUUCAGAUCAAUCAAUGUCCCAAUUCCCUCAAAGGCAAACAUCUAAAGUCCCUUCCAAGAGACCACAAACCCCUGGAACUCCCACCCCUAAAAGCUGUGAAGUGGCUAGCGCUUCAAGAGUCCCAUGUGGAGUUUCAGGCAUCACCGCAGCUGAAUGUACAGACAGAGACUGUUGCUUUGAUGGUCAGUCAUGCUACUUUGGGAAAGGAGUGACAGUCCAAUGUACCAAGGAUGGUCAGUUUAUUGUUGUUGUGGCCAGAGAUGUCACCCUGCCCAAUAUUGACCUUGAAACAAUCUCGCUGUUGGAAGGAGGUCAAGGCUGUACACAUGUUGACUCUAAUUCAGUUUUCGCUAUCUAUCACUUUCCUGUUACUGCUUGUGGCACUGUUGUCAUGGAAGAGCCUGGUGCUAUAAUCUAUGAGAACAGGAUGACUUCUUCAUACGAAGUUGGUGUCGGGCCUUUUGGAGCCAUUACCAGGGACAGCAGCUAUGAAUUGCUCUUCCAGUGUAAGUACAUUGGCACCUCAGUUGAGACGUUGGUGGUUGAAGUGGUAUCAGGUGAUCCUCCUCUACCGGUUGCUGCUCUUGGCCCCAUCAGAGUGGCCUUGAGGUUGGCCAAUGGCCAAUGCCUUACAAAGGGUUGCAACGAAGUGGAAGCUGCCUACAACUCCUACUUUAUGGACUCAGACUAUCCCGUUACCAAAGUGCUGCGGGAUCCUGUGUAUGUGGAAGUUCAGCUGCUUGAGAAGACAGAUCCGGCACUGGUUCUGACUCUUGGACGCUGCUGGGCAACCAUAGGUCCCAACCCUCACAGUUUACCCCAGUGGGACAUUCUGAUUGAUGGAUGUCCAUAUAGUGACGACAGAUACCUCUCCUCCCUGGUCCCUGUUGGUUCCUCCUCUGGACUGGAAUUUCCAAGUCACUAUCGGCGUUUUAUUUUCAAAAUGUUCACCUUUGUGAACACCCAUACAAUGGAGCCUCUGAGAGAAAACGUGUACAUUCACUGUAGCACAUCGGUGUGUGUGUCAGGGCAGGGUAUAAACUGUGAACCGUCAUGCCGCAGCGGCAAAGGAAAGAGAGACAUCGCGGCUGCAGAGCAAUGGAACGCUCAACCAAAGAUUGUGGUUUCGUCUGGAGAAAUGAUCAUGACCGCCCCUCAGGAGUAAACAGAGACAAACGCAGGGGGUCAAUUGGGAACAUAAAGGCAAAUCACUUCAUAUAUUGAAGCAGUUGUUGAACAGUGAAUAAAAAUUAUCUAUGGUCAUACAAUACAUAACCAACACAUGAUGAUCAGUUGAUUUCAGUCCUCUUUACGAAUUUAGGAACUUGAUGAAAUAUUUAAGACUUUGUGUUUUUAUUGUGAGUUUGCAUUUACAAAUGACUACAUAGAUUCUCCAAAGAUGUCGAAGCGAGUACAAAGAGACCAAACUGCAAAGAAAAAUCUCCUUAAUGAGAACAACAACUGUUAGAAACUACUGUUAAAUGCAUGAUAGGAAACGUAACAGAAAAAGGGACAAAGAGAUAAAAAAAAAACAAAAAACAGAUAAAUUGUUUAUGUUCCAUUUUUUCCCGAUAAAAUUUUUUCUGGCUUUUUAUCAAUAAAACCAUAUAA